CGGAGUCGAGGCUUGGGGGAGCGCCUACCAAUGGUGUCGUACAGCUCUACACCCUAGGCUCCAUCGCUGAAGAACUGGGGCCGACCUAGUCCCACUGAAGAGGCGUGGAUCACCAGGAGCAUACUGCCAUGUGGUAUGGAAUGGCAAGUGGACUCUAGGAGAUGAGAAAGAUUCCUGGUUGACAGUCAGCAAGAAAGUGGGCACCUUUGUCCUAUAAAUGCAAAUAAAUAAAUUCUGCCAAUAACCACUGAGCUUGGAAAAGAACACAGAGCCUCAGGUGUCUGAGACUGAGAAGCCAAUUCGCGGUCAAAUUGUGUGUUGCACGGAGCAUCUUAAGAGUAGGAGAUCAACCAGUUUGGAGAUCAGAACGAGAACAAACAAGACCAAGGGCUGAACUGAAGAAUGAUCACGUUUGGAGAUGGAAGGAAGAGGAAACGACAAGCAGCCAGAAAAGAAGAAAAUAAGACAGACUUAUUUUACCAGCACUGCUCCUGGGGAGCCUCCAACAUGACCAAGGACAUGCUCCCGGGGCCCUAUCCUAGGACACCAGAAGAACGGGCCGCCGCCGCAAAGAAGUAUAAUAUGCGUGUAGAAGACUACGAGCCUUAUCCAGAUGAUGGCAUGGGGUAUGGUGACUACCCAAAGCUCCCUGACCGCUCACAGCACGAGAGGGAUCCAUGGUAUGACUGGGACCACUCAGACCUGAGGUUGAACUGGGGUGAACCGAUACACUGGGACCUAGACAUGUAUAUCAGGAACCGUGUGGACACGUCCCCCACACCUGUUUCUUGGAAUGUCAUGUGUAAGCAGCUCUUCGGCUUCGUGGCCUUCAUGAUAUUCAUGUUCUGGGUUGGGGAGAAGUAUCCCUCCUACCAGCCUGUGGGGCCAAAGCAGUACCCUUACAAUGAUUUGUACCUGGAACGAGGCGGCGAUCCUACCAAAGAACCUGAGCCGGUGGUUCACUAUGAGAUCUGAGGAGGCUUCAUGGGCUUUUAUGCCUUCUAACUAGGACUCCCUCAUUCCUAGAAAUUUAACCUUAAUGAAAUCCCCUAAUAAAACUUAGUGCUGUGGUA